AGAUCGAAAGUGCGCCACUGGCACACGACGAGCGCUAGCGCUUGGACGUCCAUAGCCUCUUGAGUUCGGCUUUACCUACUGCCACUUGGCCUUUACCUCAAAAAAUAACAUUGUGACCACAAAGAUCGCAAAGCGCAGAUUUGAAUACCGUACUCCAAAGAGAAUCCUCUACCAACCGACGCCUCAUCCGAAUCACGAAGGGUGGAGUCGACGGAAGCCGGAAAUCACGUGGGCAGGCCGAGGAAUUUGGUGGGGCUUUUGCCAGCUCCAUGGGUCCGUCACUUGUAUGCUACCUGUUCGCGGAAACCGCGGCUCAGAUGGAGUUGACAAGCCGUCGAGCGAUGCGAGGGCGAAGUGCCUAAGCCGGACUCAACGGGGGCAACUGUUUGCUCAUGUGAUGUGAAGUGUCUCGGGCGCGGGGACAACGGUUUUGCCUUCCAGACGUUAAGAUGGCGUCCGAGCGAGAGCUGAAAGCCGUGGAGCGUAUCAACUUGCGAAACACCAUCAACCAGUGGAAUGCCAAUCGUCUCGACCUUUUCGAACUCAGUGAACCGAACGAGGACCUGGAGUUCCAUGGUGUGAUGAGAUUCUACUUUCAAGAUGCGGACCAGAAGGUUGUGACAAAGUGCAUACGUGUUUCAAGCACAGCCACUGUCAAUGAUGUUGUUGGCACACUCAUUGAAAAGUUCCGUCCAGACAUCCGCAUGCUGUCAGUCCCGGACUAUGCCCUCUACGAAAUACACGAGAAUGGAGAGGAACGCAAGCUAGGACCUGACGAGCGCCCUCUCCUGGUGCAACUCAACUGGCAUCAAGAUGACCGUGAGGGCAGAUUCCUCUUUCGACGCAUGGACCACAAGUCUCGGCUACCAACGCUCAAGGUGGAAUCGUUGCGGUUCGGUCGCAAACUUUCUCGCAGGGAGCACAAGAAAAAGAAGAACAAAGAAGUGGCUCAGACAGAAGAGAAAGAUGGAAUAGCCGAGAAGCUUUACACCGAGCUGCCGGAGACGAGCUUUACACGCUCAAUCUCCAAUCCAGAAGCCGUGAUGCGCCGUCGACGGCAGCAAAAGUUGGAACGCAAAUUGCAGCAGUUUCGGCAAGAGGGAAACCCUGAAGCUGGUGGUACGCUGCGUAUCUUUGGUGAGUCGCUGAAUCGUGAUGUACCAUACAAGACUCUGCUGCUCUCCACGACGGACACUGCGGCACAUGUAGUUCGAGAGAUACUGGCCAAGUAUGGACUAGAGCAGGAGGAGCCUCAGCACUACUGCCUGGUCCAGGUGCUGGUGCCCCCGCCUCCAGGGGGCUUGCCCAGCCCACAGGAUCCUCCCACUGGAGGACUCAAGGAAUUUAUCCUGGAUGACGAUGACUGUCCUCUGUCCAUCGAGAGGCAGCACAAUCGCAUGAAAGGGACACUAUCCUUCCACAUACGGCGGCGGCCUGCAGACUACCAACCCCGAAAGCGCAAGAAGAAAGCACCAAGUGGUGGUGGGACAGUGGCCCCGGAAGAGGGCCUUCCCUUUCUGCAGGAGGUGCCUCAGGGGGGUGGACCGCCAGGCCCCUGCCACCCGAUUCCCCUCCACAUGACUGAAAUUGGCUCGGCACCCUCUGGAAGCCAGGGGCUCCAUCUCCAGGGACCAGGCAUCCUGCCACGGCACUGCGUGAUAGCACACACAGAGGGUGUGGUUACAGUGACGCCCAGUCAACCAGAAGCUGAGACCUAUGUCGAUGGUGCACGGGUGUUUGACACCACGCUGUUGCAGCAUGGGGCCACGGUUCGCUUUGGCCGCAGUCACCUCUUCCGCUUCUGGCAAGCGCCACCUACUCGGGCACCUGCCCCGCCCCCCGGGUCACCCGCUGCCAUGGGUGAAAACCACCGGCCGCCACACGAAGAGGACCAUAGGCUGCGAGCUCCUGAACCAGAACCCACCAGCAUGGUGGCCAUGCCUGACCAUAUGGGUCCCAUCGGGGCAGGCGACCACAGGGAUCAGCGGAGAGGUGACCCCAUUCUGCCAGCAGUGCUGGAACUUUGGGAGGAACACGAAUCUCUGUUCUUGGAUGCGGUCAUCAAUCAAUUGGACUGGCUGUCGGUUCAGUUCAAACUGGUUCCUGCGUAUACUCUCUACAUGGCUUGCCGCUAUCGAGCUUCCACGCACUUCCGUCCCGAGACGAGCCCUACCGAGCGUGCUCAACGGUUGACUGCGCUCGCCACCAACAUAGGUGCUCGUGUGCGGGAAGCUGUGGAGCAACAGCAACGUGAUGCAGGGCCGCUGGCCUUCUGGCUGGCCAAUGCCAGUGAGCUGCUUCACUUCCUACGACAGGAUAGACACCUCAGUGCCUACACCUUAGAUGCUCAAGACCUCCUCACUGAGGCACUCCAGCUAGCAUUUAGGCAGCUUGUUUCGGCACAGCGACGAGAGUUGGCCCAGGCUCUGCCCCGGGCUUUUCUCAGUCCAGACACAGCCACAGAUGCACCCAUUGGCGAAGCUCUUGGUGUGUUGGCCAGCAGCAUGAGCCUGCUACGACGCUGCCGGGUGAAUGCCGCACUGACAAUUCAGUUGUUCUCCUGGCUCUUUCACCAUGUGAAUUCGUGGCUGCUCAACAGCCUUCUCUUGCACGGGCGUCCUCCUCUUUGUCGGCCAACGGGUGCCCUGUUGAAGCGCCGGCUGGCUCACCUGGUAGCCUGGGCAGAACAGCAGGGCCUGGAGCUGGCUGCAGACUGCCACCUUGCACGUCUCAUCCAGGCUGCUCACUUGCUGGCGGCACCGAAAGCCAACCCACAACACGACUUGCCCCUGCUUGCUGAUGCCUGCUUCAAGCUUAAUUCUUUACAGGUGCGGCACCUGCUGGAGAGGUUCCAGCCGUUGGGACCUGGGGACCAGGUUGGCACUGGCUUGAUUGAUGCAUUGGUGCAUGAAGCGCGCAAAGGCGAAGAUGCUCGCCUUGCAGAAGAAGGCCGCCCGCUACAGCUUGCAGAAGAGCCUCAGCUGGCCCUGCCUUUUCUGUUACCCGAGGAUGGUUAUUCGUGUGAGACUGUGCGGGGCGUGCCACCAGGACUACAGGAGUUUCUGCAGCCGCUGUGCCUUGCUGGGCUGUGUAGGCUGACAUUGCAGCCUACUUCUCUGGGUCACUGGACCAUCUACAUGUGCGACCAGGACGUUCUUGGCCCUCGCAUUGUCACACUGGCCCUCAAGAAAAGUCCUUCCGGCAUGGGACUGAGCAUUGUGGCUGCCAGGGGCUCCAACCAGGACCGGUUGGGUAUCUACGUAAAGAGUGUUGUUCGAGGUGGGGCAGCCGACUUGGAUGGCCGUCUCCAGGCCGGGGACCAACUACUUCGGGUCGACGGCCACUCCCUGGUCGGCGUCUCGCAAGAAAAGGCGGCAGAGCUGAUGACACGCACCGGCCCACUAGUCCAGUUGGAAGUGGCCAAACAAGGGGCCAUCCACCAUGGGCUGGCAUCACUGCUCUGCCAACCCUCACCCCUGCUCCUGCAGCGCGGCCGCCUCAGCGAGCGCGACAUCCCAGGCCGUCUAGCCCACGAGGAGGCCCCUCCCCGGAUCCAGGGCAGCAAGAGUGUGCCUGCUCUCAACUGUGGAUCUGCAGCCAUGGAUGGUAGCCAGCAUAUGGCACCUGGUAGUUCCAUGACGAUGCCAUCACGAGGUUACCCACCAGGACCUUCCUACUCGCCCAGGCAAGCAGCGAUGGAGGAGCGUCAGUACCAGAAUAUUGGCUUGUACCAGCAGCAACACCAGCAGCAGCAGCAGCUGUCCCAGCAGCCACAAUUAUCGGUGACAAGGCCGAGCCAUAGUUCGCAGCCCUUGCCAUGGAGUCCUCCUACCAGUAGCAGUGGUGGCAACGCCCCGCCCCGACCCGAAGUGGGCACCCGGCCUCUCUCGACGCUGGUGAGCCCCCGAGAACAGGAGCAGUACGUGAGUGGCCUCGGUUCCCUGGCCGUGGGUCACCACCCGGGUCCUCACGGGGGCCCUACGGCCGUAUCCGAGCCCCCCACCCACUGGAGUCCCCACCCACCUCCGCCAGAUCUGAGGGCACAGCGAGACCUGCUUCGACAGGAGGCCAAGAUGGAGGAAAUGAAAGAGGAGGUACGGCGGCGAGAGGAGCGAGACCUCCACCAGCAGUUAGUCACGAAACCCCAAAUGAAGCAGCACCUACAGCAAGGGGUCAGGUCGCCACUACCUUCGGAGACCAGCAAUGGGCACCACCCAAACAACAGGAUACCCCGUGAUGCUGCUCAGGUGGCCAGCCCCUCACCCUGGGAACGAGAGGAAAAGGAGAUGCGGCGCCUUCAGCGACUGGAAGAAAUGCGCCAGAUGCGAGAUGAGGAGUUGCAAGAGCUGGAGUCUCUACCAAACCGGACGAGUCGACAGGAAGAACGUCUCAGGGCUCUGAGGCUGGAACGAGAGUUUGAGCGGCGGGCACAGGAACUUGCCGGGGACGAUGACGACGAUGAACAGGACUUGACAUCUGAGGUGCCGCCACUAAAGGAACGCCCCUCCCAGCAUUCUUGGGAGCCAGUUCAUACAAUUACUCCCCGUCACUUGGAGGAACAAGAGGUUCGCCUGCGACAGCUGAGACUGGAGGAAAGUGGUAAGCAGCAGGAGCUGGCUGCUCAGCGUAUGGCCGAAGAGCAACUGCUACGUGAGGCACAGCGCCGACAGCAACAGCAGCUGCAGCAUCAGCAACAGCAGCAACAUCAGCAGCAGCUGUUGCAGAAACAGCAACAAUUGCAGCAGCAGCAGCAGCCAUUACAGCAACAGCGACAAUUGCAGCAGCAGCAGCAACAACAACAACAACAACAGCAGCAGCAGCAGCAGCAACAACAGCAGCAGCAGCAGCAGCAGCAAUAUCAAGAACAGCAACAGCACCACCACCAACUACAGCAGCAGCAUCAGCAGGAAGAGCAGCAGCCUCAGGAUGACCAGCCGCCCCCGCUGCCAGCAUGCCCACCACCCCCACCUGAUCGCAGACCUCCACCCUCCAAGAAGGUGUCUUUUACAGAAGCACCCCCUGUUGAGGUGUGCCCCCAGGACGAUGAAGAGGAAGAGUCAGGUUACACUUUACAGGAUAUUGAUGCAGUGCUGAAUGCUCCACCAGGUGGUUACCUGGUGGCAUCCACACCAGGCGUCAUCGGUGCACAGGAGGUGUAUCGUGACCCUCGACAGCGAAUCGAACGUCAGCGAGCUCUGCAGCAGCCAAGCCGGCCGCCCGGACCCGAGAAGCUCACCUUCCGUGAGAAGAUGCGCAUGUUUGCUCGCGAGACGGGCGAAGAGCACACACCACGAGACAAGAUGAAGAUCUCUCGUGCACAACGGGAAAUCGAGACCAGCCUUAACGGUGUGCCUACACCCAACCGCUGAGACUUGUACCAAGACAACCAAGCAAAAUCAAAUGCCACUGUAAUGCAAUUAAGGACUAAAUGGUGGACCAUUUCUAUGCUGUUUUAGACUGAAGCGAAUUGCGUGUUUUUAAUCGCAGAGAAUAUGGCUGCUGUCAUGGUUCGAACUUUUGUGCAGUUUGAAUAGGUUGUUACUCUGCUGCCCUUUGAGCCGUGUUGUUACAACGUCCUUCCCUUCUGAUCAACUUGAACCAUAAUGUGUGGUGGACAUAUGAUGAAUAACGAUGUAUUGAACUGCAUUGAAAUGCCACUUGAGGAUGAAUUGUGGCUGCUUUUAUGCACUUCUAAUGAACUCUACUAGUUUAGCAACUUGUUGUUCAUCCUUAUGGCUGAUGACGUUUUCUUUUUACAACUCAUUCUGUAGCAUUAUGAGAAAGUUCUUACUAUCAUUUAGCUCAAACUUUGGUACUCACUAGCGGCAAGCUAUGUUAUCAGUAGCCUAUGAGGAUGCUUUUAGUCAAGGGCCAAAUUAUUCUUCUAGAGGCUGUUUUUAAUUAUACUCUUGCUCUUGGAAUGCCCAUUUACUCAAUCUAUACACACAACAGCCAUUAUUUCUGUACUUUCAGAGACUUUAAUGAUUAUCACUGCAGUGUGGUUGUGUGAGAAGUACUCAGUUUUGCAGUGCAGAUGUUAAAUAUGUUUGUUGUAUGACCAAUUUUAAAUUGCAAGAGCAUUUUUACUGAAGAAAAGUAUAUGUCUACCUUUAUAGAUAUUUUUUUCACACCUCCAAACAUGCGCAAGAGAGUCACAAUGGCCACAGGGCCAGCUUUUCAAAGGUGCUUUAUACAAUGAGCCUCAUUUUUCUUGUUCAUUCACCGGAGUGCCUCCCAUUUUAUCAUCAUGCAGCUAACUGAAAGCAGCUAACACACACAUAUCGAGUGUACAGCCAGUUUCACAAGAUGUGACACUACUCCUGUUUGGAGGGCAAAGCGCUGUGCACAAAACCUGUUGUCAUAUGAUGUGCUAUUUUACCAGAGUGCCCGUUUUUUAUUACUGUGCAGCAGCUAAAUAAAGAGCUACCUGAAAGUUG